AUGAACAGUUGCAGCAGGUAGAGAUGGCUCUGGUGAUAUUAGUUAUAGAAGAAAUGAGCUUUGUUUCACCCUUUUGGCAUGCAGUGUUUUCAACCCUCACGAAAAGGUAUCCGAUGGCCUCAUCGAUUAUUAACCAGGACUGUCAGAACUCAAGCCUUCACAUGCCCAGCUGCACACAGAUCAGAGAAUUUUUCCAAACUCCAGCUCAGCCACAGCAACACAUUUGUAGUUUCCUACUCCCAAUCUUCAAAACCUUAAAACCUGGUGUACAUGAACAACACUUUAUCAAAUCAUGAGCCUAAGGACGGUGUCUCACGGGGACCUUCAGAAUCUGUCUCUGUCAAAACUGCCAGCUUCAGACAACAGUAUGUUCAAGUCCUACUCGGUCAGCAGCAAUAUUGGAGGCCGAUUUGAAAAGGAGAGUUUGGAGGAGAUCAAGGUGGUGUCUAAACCUUUUCAUCCCCCUCGGAGGCCUGUGAGAGCGGUGAGGCCGGUGAGUGCUCUCAGUGUCAGUGGCUCCUUCCUCCAGAUUAACCACCUGCAAGGAGAGCUGGUACGCAAAAGAAAGGAAUGUGAGGACCUAAAGAAGGAAAACAAGUACCUAUCCAAUGAAAUUCACAUGGAGAGGAUCAUGAUGAGAACUGAGAGUGAGCUUACCAUGAGGAACCUUAGAAACCUCAACCAGGAACUUCAGGCCGAGGUUAAAGAGUUAAAGCAGAAGCUGCAUCUGAACCAGCAGAGGGCGACACUGUGCUCCAGGGCAGCUGAGGAGGCAGACAAGUCACGAAGUGAGGCAGAAAAGAAUCAAACACGGGCAGAGGCUCGGGCACUAGAAAGCAAAGGAGAGAGAGAUGCAGCACUGGCUGAUAAACUGCAAGUCAGUGAAGAGCUGCAAAAUUUGAUUAAGGAGCACAAAAACACACAGCUGCUUCUGGCCCAGACUGAAAAAAAUUACUUUGAGGCCAUGUUGAAACUGGAGAGGGUGUCUGGAGAGAAACAGUUUCUCCUCAAGGAAAACAAGGGUUUGGAGGAUGAGAAGAACUCUCUACGGCAGAAAAUUAAAGAGCUGAUUGAUGAAAAUGCAACACUCAAAGAAAAGUAA